AUGAAUCAGUUAUCUUCAAAAACUGAUUUGAAUAAUUCAAAUGAUGAUAGUACUGAGUCAGAUCAUUUAUCGCCACCAACCAAACGUCAUUGUCCAUCACCUAAUUCUCAUUUAUCUUUUCCUAAUAAAUCAUCACCCGUUUUAAUUGAUUUAGUAUCUGAUGAUAUUAAAGAAAAUAAAGAUGAAUGUAAAUCAUGUGGAAAACAAGAAGUAUUAUUACGAACAUUUAAUUGUCCAUCAUUACAUGAUUUUUGUUUAAAUUGUAUUUUUAAUUGGACAAAAAAACAUAUUCAGACAAAAACACCACCAAUAUGUUUAGCAGUUAAUUGUGGUUAUUUAUUAAAAAAUGAUGAUCUUGAUGAUUUACCAAUUACUAUAAAAGAUCAUCAAAUUCUUCUUCAAUUAAUUCAAAUUAAUAUAGAUAAAAAUAAUAAAAUAGAUAAUUUUCGUAUAAAAUGUGAUAAAUGUGAUUUAUAUAUUGAUCAACAUGAUUUUUUUAUACAUAAUAAUGAAUGUCUAGGACGUUCAUUAACAAUUCCAUGUGAAAUAUGUUAUUGUCCUGUUUUAAUGAAUGAUUAUGAACAACAUAUGUUAAUAUGUACCAAUGAUGAUAAUUCAACAUUAGCUAAAUUUUUAUAUAAACAUUUACAAAAUCCAAAUAUUGAUGAAAAACUUAUUAAAUCAUUUAUUUGUUCAUGGCAACGAAAAAAUCGAAGAUCUAUUGAUAUUUAUGAAAUGAUAGAACAAUUUAAUCAAACAAAUGGUCUUUCAAAAGAAACUUGUGAUGUAUGUAAAAAUACAAUACGAUCAGAUGAAUUUUAUUUUAUUAAUUGUUUGGAUAAUCAUUCAUUAUGUUUAUUAUGUUAUAAACAACGUCUACAAAAUCAAAUGAACAAUGAUCAAGUAUUGACAUGUCAUCAAUGUAGUUAUCAUUUACAAGAUAAAGAUUUAUCUGAAACUCGUGUAUUAACUAAUGAAGAAAUUCUUUUAUUUCAAAAUUAUCAAAGUAAAAAAGUUUUCGAAUUAUAUAGCAAUCUUUAUGGUGCAGAAGAUACAGAUGAUAUACAACCUAUUGUUCAACAACAAAAUGAUACAAUAAUAACAAAUAAUAAUGAUACAGCUCGUCGUAAAUGUGAUUUAUGUUCAAAACAACAUUCAUAUGGAAAUAUAUUUGUAUUACAUUGUAAUUGUAAAAUAUGUUAUGAUUGUUUUGCUAAUGAAAUGAAUCGACAACGAACAACAACAAAUGAAAUACUUAUUUGUCUGCUUUGUCGUAGUCCAAUAAAACAUAAUGAUUUAUCAAAUUUACGUUUAGCACCUGCCGAAAUUCAAACUAUACAAUUAUAUCAACAAGGAAAAUUAUUUGAAUCUGAACAUGCAAUACAUUUUAAUAGACAAAUAAGUAAUCAGAUAACAAAUAAUAAUAAUAAUUAUAAUAAUAACAAUGAUGAUUUUGAUUUAUUAUUUUUGGAUCAACAACAAUGUUUACCUAAAUAUUGGGCAUUACCAAUGUUAAUAAAUUUUUCUCGUCAUGUACUCCAUCCACAAUCAACAGAAUAUAUAUUUGUAGCUGAUAAAUUUCAUCAAAGUUGGACAAAAUUAAAAAACCAACAUGCUGCUCCUGUUCCUGUUCCUGCUCCUCCUCCAAUGCCAAUACGGCCUCCCCUACCACCACCACCACCAUCUUCAGUUUUUGUUCCACCAAUAAAUAGUUCUCCUCAAUCAUAUUUUCCACCUGGAUUAUUGCAACAAUUCGGUCCUAUACAAGUUCCUAUUACUAAUAACAAUAUGUCUGUAGCAAACCAACUACCACCAAAUCAUAAUUUUGGAACUUUACCAUAUUCCUUGCCUCUUGGAACAAACACAAUGGUUCAUACAUCCCAACCACCACCAUUGCCACCAUCAUUACCUGCUCCUUCUUCUGUUCCUUUUCUUCCACAACAAAUAUAUCGAUCCAAUAAUUCCUAUGCAAAUCCAACUGGUCCAAAUCCAUUGACUUUAAAGGUUCCAAAAGUGUCUCGUGCACCACGUUCUACUGCCACUAAUGGUAAUGGUAUACCGAAUAUACUUCAAAUAGAACGAAUACAAAAUCAACGAUGGUAUAAACAAUAUUCAGCACAUGAAUGUGAAUUUCGACAAAAAUUAGGCAAACAAACUGAACAAUGGCUUUUUCAUGGUUGUGAUGAACGAUCAUCGAAAAAUAUUGAAGUCGAAUGUUUUAAUCGUUCAUAUGCUGGUCAACAUGCUGCAGCUUUUGGACAAGGUUGUUAUUUUGCACGUGAUUCAUUGUACAGUCAUAGUUAUGCAUUACCUGAUCGUAAUGGUAUUCGACGAAUGUUUCUUGCUCGAGUUCUUGUUGGUAAUACAACUCAAGGAAAUUCCGGUAUGCGUGUUCCACCAUCUGGUUACGAUACUACUGGUGAUGGUCAAGGUAUUUUUGUAACAUAUCAUGAUUCACAAGCUUAUGCUGAAUAUUUGAUAACUUAUCGGUGA